AUGACGGUGGGUAUUGCUAGAAAGCUUUCCAGGGACAAGCCGCACAGGGACGCGCUGCUGAAGAACCUUGCGUGCCAGUUGUUCCAGCACGGGUCCAUAGUGUCGACGCAUGCCAAAUGCAAAGAGGCCUCCAGGGUCGCUGAACGGAUCAUAACCUGGGCAAAGAGGGCGCUUACGACAAGAAGUAGCGUGUCGCAAGUGGAGCUGAAGUCGCAAAUCCAGAGUCAGUUGUUUUUGGCGGGAGACAACAGGAAGCUGAUGGGGAGAUUGUUCCAUGAGAUCGCACCACGAUACUUGGAAAGGCCCGGUGGGUACACUCGCGUGCUGCGGUUAGAGCCCAGGGCCAACGACUCGGCACCGCAAUCCAUCUUGGAACUGGUCGACUCGCCCGUGAUGUCUGAAUCGCACACCGUGAACAGGGGAAAUUUGAAGAUGUGGCUACUGGUCAAGUCGGUCAUCAACGAUGACGCCAACCAGCUGCCUCACAACCCGCUCACACUACAGAACCUGCACAAGUUGGCCAAGUUCAAGCCAGAAGCGCAAUUGCAUGAUGAAAUCACGCUGAUCAAGAAGAUCUUGUUCGAGGAAAUGUCCAUGCCCUAUGAUGAAGCGCUGGAAAAGGAAAGGACCCAAGCACUUCUGAAACAGGCCUGCUCUAUCCCGUUGCCAAAAAAGCAAAGGAAACCUUCAUCAUAUGUCAUGGUUGCCAGACCGUGA